UAUGUUUAAGCACGGGCGAUUUAGUUUACGAAUUCUAAAUUUGUUUACUUAAAAAUGUAAUUAACCAACGAUUUAACCUUUUUUUUGAAAUUUAGAUUUUUGAAAUUUUAAAACUGAAGCAAAAAUGUUGCUCAGAAACAAGAACUGUUCUGUUAAUAUAACGAACUUAUCACCAGUGCAUGCUGGUGUAACGGUGGUUUAUCGAGUGAUUGCUUCCGUAUUUGUUGCGGCUGAUGUGUACUUGUUGGUUGCACUUGUGGUAUUUGAAAUCGUAGCUACUAAUAAAGGAAGUACUGGACUCAAACUACGCAUUGUGUGCAUGCUAGCUGCCGUGUUGGCAAUUAUGCAUGAAGUGCUGCAGCAUAUUAUUUUGGAUUAUUCAGCACACGGCGAUACAGCCUGUCAAGUGACGAUGAGUCUUAAAUCAGCUAUAUACAACCUUCAAGUGACCGCCACUUAUAUAUUUUUGUGGUUUCGGCAGAGAAUGUUCUAUGCAAGCCCAAUCCUUGCAUAUUUGCAUACCCGCCCUAUGGAGGUGCUAAACUGGGUAAUACUGGCGCUUCUGUUGGUCAAUCCUGUUAUCAUGUUUGGUUUUCAAUGGCACGGCAAGUUGUACGAAGCUUGUCAGGGAAUGUGCUUGGUGCUGCGGCAAAAUACGGUGAACCAAUUACCCUUCAUAGCGGUAGCGUUCAGCUAUGCUAUUAUUCAGGUCGCAUUGGUGUACCUGUAUUUGAAACCUCUUUACCGUAGUCGGUUUGAAAAGAGUCAAAAACUUUCAAGUACGAAGAGCGUCAGUCAAACCGAAAGACGCACUAGAACGGAUCCUAAUGGUAACGUUUCGGGUCCUCCUAACAUGAAAACUACAUGCCUUGAUUUUAAUACGAACAAUAAUACGACUUGGCGACGAUCUGGUAUCACCCGCAAAAACUCCAUGGAGGCACGCAUGAAACGGUGGCUUUUUCUCGGCCUUAUAUGUAUACUUUCUGAUAUUAUUUCCGCCUCCAUUAUCGCUGUGUUUCUGUUAAAUUGGACUCCCGCGAGCUUAAUUUCAGUAAUGUUUUUAUGGCAUGAUGUCAGUAUAUUUAUCAACGUUGUUUGCUUGAUUGCUUGCUUUUCUGUUUGGAAGAAUAUGUUUUUCCCUUUAGGCUUAUUCUUACAAAAUCGGCGAUAAAUAUCAUAAAACCACAGUAUACCGGUGUGACAGGUGACAUACAAUCAUAAAACGUACUUUUUACAAAUGCAAACAGCUGUCAAUCUGAUGUUUUUGUUGCUUUUACAAAAAGCUUUAGUUUCAGGUCACAGCUGACUAUUACAUGAUACCUGAUGCAAUAAUGUUUUACAUAACGUGCUGUCAAUAAUAGUUAAAUGCAUUCACUAACAAACAUGCGUAAAAACGAAAGCGAGAACGGUGUGGGAUAAGACACCUCCUGUGUAUUACUUCUAAGUGUGUAUUACUUCUAAGCGCCGCGCGAGGAUAAAUAAUUGACAAUCAUUUUCAUUCUCUUGUUUUUAUUCGUCAUUGUCAGUGUUAGAUAAUCGCUUGGAUUUUUUCUAUGUGAAACCAUAGUGAAGCCAAAGCAGUAUAUACUCACUUCAGUAUACUGUGUACUAUACCGAAACGCUUUCGCUGCUACAGCAACACAAUGUUUCAAAAAUCGGAUUUAAAACAACCAAUAAACCACAAGACUCGUCACGGUGACGCUUUUACGUAUGCUGUAACGUAGAUCAAUGACGCAAGGGAGUAAGAACUGGGUAAUUUUGAAUGACGUACUGACGCAGAGACUUUACGAUUUAAAAAAAACGGGUUUGUUUUAUUUGUUGUUGCGUUAUACCAAUAAUUCAUGGUUUUAAUACCAUAUGUGUUGAAGUCUUGAACUUUUUCGUAUAAUAUUUUUUCAUUAUAAAUUUGUUCCAAAACUCUUCGCGUAAAAAAACAGCAGCCAAGCAAUGUCACUCAAUUUGGUGCAAACAAUUAAUAGAGUCCAUCGGCUUGACUUUUAUGUAAGCCUACCCAUUGGUAAAUGUUUAAAUAUACUUUAUUCUAACAGUAAAAAUGUUGAUACGUCGGUCUGGUAUCGUGUAUGCUAUAUGGUACAUUUAGCGCAUUUGUCACUUCAUGUUGAACAUGCCUGCACAAAUGUCUAGACCUGUAUAUUACAGUGACGAAUGUAUUUUUUAUGUGCGCCAUGUAAAGGAUCGGAUAUGACGUUCAGAAAUGUGGCUUUCAGACGAACCUUUGCUAUACGAAGAAAACCAAUUCCCAACCAUUGUGAUGCCAUAGACCCGCAAUAUGACUGCAUCCGUUGUUUACGGUCGUGCAAUUUUUAAACUGUAUUCAACCAU